ACAGGGCCAUGCUUUCUUUUCUAGCUAACUCAUCUCAACCUCGCCUGUAACCAACCAACAGUAAUUUCGGCCAGCGACACCCAAACCAUCCAGAAAAAAUGCCAAUCAACCUUGAAAUACCAGUCUUUUCGCCCUCUUCAGUGUUGCACGCCCAGGCCCUCGGCGCGCAGCGCAUCGAGCUCAAUGCGCGCGGAAGUUAUCAUGCCGGCGGCACGACGCCGACGCUGGCGGACCUCGAGGGCGUGACGAAAUGGCUCACGGUGCCGUUGCGGAUCAUGAUCCGGCCGCGCGGGAAGCCGGCCGACGACGUGGACUUUGUCUACGGAGAUGACGAGCUCGCGGCGAUGGCGAGCGACGUCGAGGCCUUCCGCGGGGCGCUACGGGCCGACCGGGGCGACGGGUUCGUGUUCGGCGCGCUGAGGAGGGACGGCGCGGCGUUGGCGGUCGACGUCGAGGCCAACCGAAGGCUCGUCGAUGCCGCGGGUGGGCUGGCCUGUUCUUUCCACCGGGCCUUUGACGAAGUGAUCAGCUCUGGAGAGGAAGGAGACGUCGAGAAGGGGGUAAGGGACCUGGUGGCGUGCGGGUUUCAAGGGGUUCUCACCUCGGGCGGGCCGGGGACGGCGGCGGCGAACCGGAAGGUGUUGGAGGUGGUGGUGCGCGAGGCGAGCGCGGGGGCGAGGAAGCUGGAGGUCAUUAUUGGCGGCGGUGUGAGGAAAGAGAACGUUGGGGAGGUGGUGGACGGGUUGGGGGACGGGGUGUGGGCACACUCGAGCUGCUACACGGGCAAGUGCGAGGAGGGACAGGUCGACGACGAAGAGGCCAUGGGAAUCCUGGAGAGGCUUGCUGAGAAGUAGGCUUGGCUGCUUUCUGAUCGAGGCUGAGAAGACGUCGGAUAGGCCAUCAGCCGGGGUGGUCUCGGGUCCAGAGCUAUCUAUGGUGGACCGGAGCCGCGGCUGCUCGGGGCCGGGGCGGGGACCGAUGUGUGGCAUCGAAGCGGAGCCACAUUCUUCAGUAUGAUGUGUACCGCAGUCAACCUGGACGUGGAAUCGACGCAGUUGUGCCUCGUCUUUUCACAACACAGUCUCCUAUAGUAGUUGGGCCUCCGUACAAGCCAUCCCAUCCUGUGUCGGAGCUGCUGCUGCAGGAGAUCGACCCUGGCGCAGGCGUAACAGCCGACGCCCAGAUGAGAUCCGACGGGGACGCAAUCAGACAACAAGCAAAUAAAUGCUCGGCUGGACUAUCAGACAGCGAGCAUCUCGACCGCGUGGUGGGUUCAAAUCUCCCGCGCAUGCGCAAUGAUAUCAAUCUAGAAUGGUUCUGAAGAAUAUGCUUUCCAAUAGCUAGCCCCUGAUCCAUUUCAAUAGCUACACCGUC